AAGCCGGGGCGCUGCAGGGGGAGGCGGCGCGACGCCGGCGCCUGCUGAUUGGCCGCCGCUUAUAUAGGCUGGGCAGGGGCGCAGUGUGGCUACUCGGAGUCCUUGUUCACACCCUUCCUGCUCCUCGGGGAGGGAGCUGCUUUGGUGGGGCGAGAAGAGGAGGCGAAGGCGGCGGCGGGAAGGAGCCCCCAGCUGGCCGUGAACCCUCGCUGCGGGCUGGGAAGGGCAGCAUCAGCUGCCAACCCUGAGGAAAUGCGCCGCAGCAACAAGAGUGAUGAGAAGGCACCAGCCGGGGGCCAAGAGGCCCUGCAGCUUGCUGCAGAGUCUCACGCCGGUCAAAAUACCCACCAAAGAGCUGUUCUUGGGGUGCUGACUCAGAAUGGGCAGUGUCUGAGGCCCUGUGGCCAGGGAACUACCAUAGUGAGACGCUUCUCUGGAUCUGAAAAUGUGUUUCCUGCUGCUGGCAAGAGCAUGUUGCCAGCCUGCAUGGUGUCCAAGCAAGGCUUUACUAUUUAUGUAGACGAACUGGAGGAGGAAAAUAUGCCUAGCUGUGUGGCUGUGGAAGAGAGCAUGAGUGAAUUUGACACCCACACCAUGAGGCCCAGCUUUCACCUGCUGCUAGACUUGAGUACAGGUUCUCCAAUGUUGGUGGAUACAUCAUUGCAAUCACAAAAUGAAGAUCAGGGUAAUAAAUUGGAUGUCAUGAGUGUUGUAGAAUAUGCUGAAGAUAUUUAUCUUUAUCUGAGAGAAGCGGAGGUAAGAUACAGACCCAAGCCAUGCUACAUGAGGAAACAGCCUGAUAUCACCUUGAGUAUGCGUGCAAUCUUAGUGGAUUGGCUGGUUGAAGUUGGUGAAGAAUACAAACUUCAUACAGAGACACUGUACCUUGCUGUAAACUACUUGGACAGGUUCCUCUCUUGCAUGUCAGUCCUUAGAGGAAAACUGCAACUUGUAGGAACAGCAGCAAUUCUCCUGGCUGCGAAAUAUGAAGAAAUCUAUCCUCCAGAAGUAGAAGAAUUUGUGUAUAUAACAGAUGAUACCUACACCAAAAAACAGCUUCUGAGGAUGGAGCACCUGCUCCUUAAAGUCUUGGCUUUUGACUUGACAGUGCCAACCAUCAACCAGUUUCUCCUUCAGUAUUUACAGAGACAUGGUGUCAGUCUUAAGACGGAGAACUUUGCAAGGUAUGUAGCUGAAUUGAGUCUCCUUGAAGCUGAUCCCUUCUUGAAGUAUCUUCCCUCACAAAUGGCGGCAGCUGCUUAUUGUCUUGCAAACUACACUGUGAAUAGGCAUUUUUGGCCAGAUACCCUUGUUGCUUUCACUGGAUACUCACUAAGUGAGAUAGUGCCUUGUCUAAGUGACCUGCACAAAGCAUGCCUUGAUGCUCCUCUUCGGCAACAGCAAGCAAUACGGGAGAAAUAUAAACUGAGCAAGUAUAUGCAAGUAUCUCUUCUAGAGCCACCGCCUGUCCUCCCUCUGCAAUGAACUGCUGCAUGCCAGUAAACUGCACUGAAGCUGAAGCACUUGCCUCUCUGAUCAACAGAGUUGAUCUUGCUAAUAUUUUAUAGGGCACUGCAGGUCACGUGUCAUAAUAUGUUGCUUAAACUAUUUUUAGAUGACCGCCUUAGUAUACAGCUGUACCUCAUUACAAGGACUCAGGACUGUAGUUUUAAUGGAAACUAAAAAGCACUUUUAAUAAACAUCUUUCUCUUUAAAA